AUGGGCUCUCUGACUAAACAAGCUGCGGCAACUGUUGCUACAGACUGGCAAAAAAUAUUGACUCCAGAGCAAUUCUAUGUUACAAGAGAAAAAGGAACUGAACUGCCAUUUAGUGGGAUGUAUCUGAAUAACAUGGAAUCAGGAAUAUACUACGACCUGUGCUGCGAUGCCCCACUGUUCAGCUCAGAAAAGAAGUACAAUUCUGGGACUGGAUGGCUGCCAUUUUCUGAGGCUUAUGGUACUUGUGGCAGAGAUGGAAGUAAUACCAGUAUCAUGAGACAACCAGAUAACUUGUUUGGAUCAACUCAAACUGAAGUUGUCUGCAAACAGGUAUUGUGACAUCUAGGCCAUGUGUUUGAUGAUGGGCCCACACCUUCUGGGCAGAGGUUCUGUAUCAACAGCGUUUCAUUAAACUUCAGACCAGGCUCUGGUCAGUGA